ACUAGUUAGUACACUGUGCAUUUUGUGGUUGUGCAUGACAGUGAUGUGACAACUAUGUUUUUGUUUUUUUAAAUAAAAUUUAAAUUUUUAUUUCAACAUGUUACAAAAUUUUAUUUUAAAAGGAUUUCAAGUUAAACUACCCAGCAGGACGAAGAUCUUUAAUAAAUUAUCGAUUCACAACCGGCCUUGCAGGCACUGUGGGUCCAAGUUAUAUUCUAGUCAGAAAAUUCAAGUUUUACAUUGUAAUCUUGAGAGAAAAACUUUUAGUAAAACCAAUAUUUUCACUGUUAAAACUAGACGUUAUACCAGUGAAGUCGACGCUCAAAAGAAAAAUGGACAGAUUGAAACUCUAAAAGAUAAAACUGUGAUAACAACUAAUGUAAAACUAAAAUCAUCAGAAUUGAGAAGAUUAUUCAGUCUAGCUGGUCCAGAAAAAUGGACUCUUACAGGUGCUAUUGGUUUUCUUAUCAUAUCAUCAAGUGUGACCAUGGCAGUACCAUUUUCACUUGGGAAAGUUUUAGACAUUAUUUAUGAUACAACCAGUGAUUUGGGGGCUGCAAGAGAGAAACUUGACUCAUUGUGUCUAAUGCUAUGUGGGGUGUUUCUUCUUGGAGGAUUAUGCAACUUUGGCAGGGUUUAUUUAAUGUCAAUAUCAGGACAGAGAAUGACACAGGCCCUCCGGAAGCAAGUGUUUGGUGCAAUAAUGCGCCAAGAAACACAAUGGUUUAGUAAAAAUUCAACUGGAGAACUUGUAAAUAGAUUAUCCGCAGACACUCAACUGGUUGGGCGAAAUCUAAGCCAAAAUGUUAGUGAUGGAUUAAGAUCUUUACUUAUGGUUGGCGCUGGAACUGGCAUGAUGUUCUAUAUGUCACCAUCGCUAGCUUUAAUUGGCUUGUGUGUGGUACCUCCGGUAUCGGUACUAGCUGUUAUUUAUGGACGAUUCGUUCGAAGUAUUACUAGACAAUUGCAGGAUACACUUGCUGAUACAAGUGAGCUAGCCGAGGAAAAAAUAUCAAAUAUAAAAACAGUGAAAGCAUUUAGCAAAGAGAAGAGAGAAUGCGAAUCGUAUGCGCAAAGAAUAGAGAAUAUUUUGACAUUAGCCUAUAAGGAGUCGUUGGCUGUGGGGAGUUUUUAUGGAUUGACGGGUCUAUCUGGCAACACAAUAAUAAUCCUAGUACUUUACUAUGGCGGUGGUAUGGUGGCCACAGAGCAACUAACAGUGGGUAAUUUGACGUCGUUCUUACUCUAUGCUGCAUAUGUGGGCAUAAGUAUUGGUGGACUCAGCAGUUUCUAUACAGAGAUGAAUAAAGGAAUCGGUGCUGCGACACGGCUUUGGGAAAUUGUGGAUCGGGAGCCGAAAAUUCCAGUAUCCGGCGGUCUCAGACCAGUGGACCGUCCUCGUGGCGAAAUAAUACUAGAAAACAUAACAUAUAAUUACGGUGGGGCGCCAUUGCUGAAGAAUUUGAACCUGCAUCUCCAUCCGGGGAAGUCCGUGGCCCUUGUGGGGAGAUCAGGGUGUGGAAAGAGCACCAUCGCCUCUCUCAUAUUGAGGCUAUAUGACCCUGAGAAUGGGAGGAUCCUUCUAGAUGGUCGUGAUAUAAGGGAUUUGGAUCCUGUGUGGUUGAGGAGUCAUCUUGGUUUUGUCAGUCAGGAACCAGUUUUAUUUACUGGAUCGAUAAAGGAAAACAUUCUGUAUGGCCUGGAUGAAGAAUCAGCACUGGAGGCAAAUGAGAAGGAGGAGGCAUGGCUCCAAGCAGCAAAAGCGGCUCAGUUGCAAGACCUGGCGAACCAGAGCAGAGCGGGGUGGGAGAGGCAGGUGGGGGCGGGGGGCUCCGAGCUCAGCGGAGGGCAGAAGCAGAGGGUGGCCAUCGCCAGGGCUAUUGUUAAGAAUCCAAAAAUUCUCAUCCUAGACGAGGCUACCUCAGCAUUAGAUACGUAUUCCGAAUAUUUAGUCGACAAAGCAUUGAAGGAGAUAAGCAGAGAGCGCACAGUACUGACGAUAGCACAUCGUCUCAGUACCAUUCAGUCUGCGGACGAGGUCGCGGUGAUCGGCAACGGCGUGAUCGUGGAAAAGGGCUCCUACAAGGAGUUAAUGGAGAAGCCGAACGGAUACUUCAGAGAGCUCAUUACGCAUCAGACAUUCAUGAAGCCUAAAGAAAAAAGUUAACCUAAAUUAUUGACUUGUUGGCGGCGUGACGUUUUCGUUGACUUUUUUUUUCGCUUUCGAGACAUGACAUGGCUCCUAGUUUAUUAAAAUAAAAAAGUAAUAAUUACUCGUUAAUUUAUUGUGCUAAUUCUGAUGUUAUAUUUUAAUUAUUGAAUUUUUACAUUGUUGUAUUUAUUUAAUUUUUAUAAUCAAUAAAUGAUCGACUACUGACACACCACAACUUGUUAUGUAUUUAGUAAAAAUGCAACAAAUUAUAAAUUUAUUUUUCUAUGUAAUGUAUGGUGUUAUAAUACCAGUAAAUAAUUUUAUAAUAAUAAUACAUAGCAUUUAUUGGAUUUCUUUGAGUUUAAAAGUUUGUUGCGUAAAAUAUGGAUUACACCAGAACUAGCACAUGUUAUGACGAACAUUUAUUCAUAUAUCAAUUUAAUUUCACUCUUGUUUUUAUAUAGAAAGAUCAAAUACAAAAUAUAUUUUUUAACUUUAUCUAAAACUGGAUUAUUUUGUAUAAAUGUAACAGAAAGAAAAAAAUAUUACAUUUUUGGCGCCAGUUUUAUAAAUAAACGCUAAUGUCAAUAGCUAAUCAAAUAUUUCCAGGUAAGUAACACCGUAAACGCUCACAGAGUAGAGAGUUAUACGGAGCGCAUUUGACAGUUUACAUAGAAAGAUGUAGACAGAUAAUGGAAUCGGGUACCAUUUAACAUGUAACAUUUAGUUAUUGGUGCUGUGGUUUAUGAACAUUUUUUAAAAUUUUGUUUGACAAAAGUACAAUAAAGCAUUGUGAUCACAUCACUGCCAUUUUUUUUCAGUAAAUUUUUGUUAUAUUAUAAUAUUAAGUUUGUGCAAUUUUUAUUAAAAUUAGGGUGUGGUAACGACGGUUAUUAAAUAUUUAAUUACUUUUUGUAUGUAUGAAUUGAUUACAACUCCGCGUUUGAUUUUUCAUAAAAACUAGUCGCGAUAUCAUGUGAGAAAAAUAUCUAAAAAAAAAUAUUUAUUUUUUAUUUUUGUGGUUGUUAGUAACGAGUUUAACAAAGUUAGGUUAAAAUAUGUAUGUUAUUUACACUCACGUGUAACUUAGUUAUUUUGUUAGUAGAUUUAACUUUGUUUAACUCAUGGACGGUGUAAAAUGGUAAGAUAAGCUAAGACGGAAAAUUCUAUUAAAUACCCUUAAAAUAAAUCUAUUGGUAUUUUUGGAUAUUACGAUAUUUUAAAACGAGAUAUACAAAUUAAAAUUAUAAUGUUCGCAAUAAUCAUAUCUGAAUCAGCAAGGUUACUCUGUUAAAUUGAUUACGGUUUUUAAUUAUUGACAUAAUUGGAACUGUGUACCGAUUCCAAUAAUUAAUUCGUUCUAAUAAGGAAAAGUUGUUGUGUUUUCGGUGCUGAAGUCACAAAUAAUAUCGAAUUUACAGAGUAAGCCUUCAGUUGAAAUAAUAUGACUUAGCCGUAAGUACGACAAGCGUACAACUUUUAAAACGAUAACUUUUUAUUGUGAUAUGUUUGUGUUGUAAAUUAGAUGUAAAUUUUGAUUGUAUAGAAUUACCGGGUAAUGGAUUAUUUAAAUAAAUACUGUGGUUAUUUAA